GCGGCAGGGCUGCGGAGGCCAGCGAGUCGGGCCCCUCUUCGGCCAUUUCGAAGUCCAGCCACGUCCACAGCCAUGUCCAUUCACCUGGGCAGCCAAGUCUUCAGCGCGCGCGGCGCGCAGAUGCGCUCCAGCUCCACGCGUCCCGCCAGCUUCAGCAGCCGCAGCCUCUACGGCCUGGGCGCCUGCAGGCCGCUGGGGGCUGCGCGCUCCUUCCCCGGGAGCGCCGUGGGCUCCGCCAUCCAGGCGGUGACCAUCAACCAGAACCUGCUGGUCCCCUUGCGGGUGGACAUCGACCCCACCCUCCAGAAGGUGCGCCAGGAGGAGCACGACCAGAUCAAGACCCUCAAUAACAAGUUCGCCUCCUUCAUCGACAAGGUGCGGUUCCUGGAGCAGCAGAACAAGCUGCUGGAGACCAAGUGGGCCCUGCUGCAGGAGCUGAAGUCAGCCAAGAGCAGCAACCUCCAAGGCAUCUUCGAGGCUCACUUGGAUCACCUGAGGAAGAAGCUGGAGAGCCUGCAGCUGGACGGGGGCCACCUGGAGGUGGAGCUGCGGGGCGUGCAGGAGGUGGUGGAGGACUUCAAGAACAAGUACGAGGAGGAAGUUAACCUGCGCACGGCUGCUGAGAAUGAGUUUGUGGUGCUGAAGAAGGACGUGGACGCCGCCUACAUGAGUAAGGUGGAGCUGGAAGCCAAGGUGGACGCCCUGAAAGAUGAGAUCAACUUCCUGAGGAUCCUCUAUGAGGCGGAGAUCAGUGAGCUGCAGUCCCAGAUCUCGGACACGUCCGUGGUCCUGUCCAUGGACAACAACCGUAGCCUGGACCUGGACGGCAUCAUCGCCGAGGUCAAGGCCCAUUACGAGGAGAUCGCCAACCACAGCCGGGCCGAGGCUGAGUCCUGGUACCAGACCAAGUUUGAGACUCUCCAGGCCCAGGCAGGCAAGCACGGGGAGGACCUCAAGAACACCCGCAACGAGAUUUUGGAGAUCAACCGAGCCAUCCAGAGACUGCAAGCCGAUAUCGAAAACAUCAAGAACCAGCGAGACAAGCUGGAGGCCGCCAUCGCCGAGGCCGAGGAGCAGGGGGAGCUGGCCCUGAAGGACGCCCAGGCCAAGCUGAACGAGCUGGAGGCUGCUCUGACCCAGGCCAAGCAGGACAUGGCCCGGCAGCUGCGCGAGUACCAGGAGCUCAUGAACGUGAAGCUCGGCCUGGACAUCGAGAUCGCCACCUACAGGAAGCUGCUGGAGGGCGAGGAGAGCCGGUUGGCCGAAGACGGAAUGAGAACACUGAAACUUUCUGUGCAAACCACCAGUAGCAGCGGCAGCAGACUCACCUUUGGGGGGACCAUGGGCAGUAAUGCCCUGAGCUUCUCGAGUGGCAGGGGGCCUGUGGCCUGCAAGACCCUUUCUGCCAAGACCUCGUGCGUCACCAGCUGGAACGCUCACAGCUGAGCCCUAAGUGUGGGGAGCCACACACCCUCCUCCCACAGACCCAGGAGGGUGCGCUCCUGUCUCCUCCCUGGCCCCCAAGACACCACGGUGACUCGAAAACAGAUGUCAGAAGAGACCCCAAUAAAGCAGCCCCUUUGA